UGCUAUAAAUGCCAACUCACACAACUACCCUAAUAAUCAAAGCCCAGCAGGCCUAUCCAGUUUUUAUGAAAAUGGUAACGCUUGUCCACCGAAAACUUCUACUCCUACUACUUCCAUAAAUUGUACAUCAGAUACAGAUAUAGGGCACUAUGUAGACACAAAAAACAUAUGCAAUUUGAAUGAUAGAACAAAAUACUUAUUUUUGCAAAAUCCUUGGAAACCAGAGAAGGGAUACAAUUUUAAACAAGAUGCUCCUGAUGGAAAAAGACCUUUUCUUUAUGAAUGGUUUUGUCUUUAUGAACCCCAUGUAUCAAGAGGUAGUCUACUAGGCGCAUUUAUAACCCGUCCCUUUAGAAAUUUCAAAAAAUUUCACGAAUGUGCUAAAUCACACAUGGCAUCAGAAUGGCAUCGCGGUUCAUCAGAAAAGGCCGGCAAUUUUUUGUCCAUCAUGCAAAAUAAAACACAAAGUGUGGAGUUACAAAUCAAUGACCAUGUUAAAAAACUGAUUGAAAAGAAUAGGACGAAACUUAAAUCUAUCAUUUCAACGGUAGUAUUUUGUGCAACCCAUAACCUACCACUAAGGGGUAAAACUGACGAGCAUGCUAUUUUUAAUGAUCUCCUUCACUUUAGAGAGGAAUCGGGUGACGCAAUUUUGGAAGAGCACUUGCGAAGCGCUCCAAAAAACGCAAAAUAUAUUUCUCAUGAAGUACAAAAUGAGAUUAUAGAUACAUGUGCUGCAAUACUUAGAACCGACCUUGUAAAUAAUAUAAAAAGUAAUGAAAUAUAUUCUAUUAUGGCAGAUGAAAGUAUGGACAUCGCCGGUAUCGAGCAACUAUCCCUUGGUGUUAGGUUUUAUGAUAAAAAAGAUAAAGUAAUAAAGGAAGAAUUUCUUGGUUUUACGCCCCUUCACCAUGGGCUUGAUGCUGAAACCAUCGCAAACGCUAUUACUAACACGUUGACGAAUUGGGGAUUAAACUUACAAUACGCUGUUGGGCAAGGUUACGAUGGUUGUAGUACUAUGGCUGGAAAAAUCACCGGUGUGCACAAAAGGAUCAGUGAAAGCUUCCCUAUGGCAAAUUUUUUCCACUGUGCCAGUCACCGACUUAAUUUGGUGAUCAACGAUCUAAAUGCAGUACCACAGAUUAGAAACACAGUUGCAACUGUUAAAGAAGUUACUAAGUUUUUUAGGGAAAAUUCGCAAAGAAGGGCAGUUGUGGGAUCUUUACAAAAGCUGUGUGAAACAAGAUGGUCGGAAAAAUAUAAAUCAAUCAGAAAAUUUCACGCAAAGUUUGUGAACAUUGUUGAAGGACUUCAUUUACUUUCCAAUGAAGGAAACAAAGACACGAAACAGAAAGCGUUUCAACUUUAUUCUGCAGUGACGUCAACCGUUUUCAUUGUUUGUUUGGAAAUUGUAGCCAAAUACUCAGCACAACUAGAAAUAGUAGCUCAAAUGUUACAAGGAGUAGAAGUCGAUCUAAUGCGAGUUUCAAAGCACAUCGAAAGGCUGGUAGAAGUAUUGGGUGCUGAUAGACAAAACGACGAAAAUGAAUUCACUGCUUUAAUGAAAAAUGUGGCAAAGACAGCUGAAGAUUUAGGGCUCACGUUGACUACACCUCGUGUGACCAAAAAGCAAUGCCAUCGUUCCAACGUACCCUCAUCAUCAGGAAGCAUGAAUAUAGCAGAUUACUACCGAAGAUCUGUUUUCAUACCAUAUUUGGAUUCUCUUAUUCAAGCUUUAAGAGAGAGAUUUUCCGAUAGAAACCAAGAAGCAUUUGAACUUUUUAACCUCCACCCUAAAAAUAUGAAAGCACUAACAAGAAAAGAAUAUGAACACUCUUUGGAAGUUAUUUUAAGGAGUUACGGCAGUCUUCUGGACAACUUUAUGACAGAGGGACUCUUGUGGUAUGAUCUCUGGACUCGCGAUAAUGCCAGUGCCGAAAGUGUAAACAAGAUCUGCUUGGUAGAGCUACUGGAUCACAAUCAUGCAUUCUUCUUACCAAAUGUGAGCAAGGCAAUUCAAAUAGCAAUUACCCUGCCUCCAACAACGUGCACGAUCGAAAGAUCUUUUAGUACUUUGAGACAAGUAAAAACUUGGAUACGAAGCUCAAUGGCGAAUUCCCGAUUAAGUGGACUAUGCUUGAUGUCGGUGCAUAGGGAUUUGAUCCAACAAUCAAAAGAUGCAUUUAUAGAAAAAUCCAUUGACUUGUUUGCAAUGGAGCAACGGAGAAUGCAGUUUUUGUUUAAAUAAACGAAUGUAAUAUUAAUAAAGUACUAACCUAGUAGCUAGUAAGUGUUAUAUUUAAAUAAAUAGUUCACAGCGAUUAGCUAUAUAUGCACAGAAAAAUACAGACAAUUUUAUCUAUGGCUAUAGUCACGACAAUGAAUUUUUUGAAUACCCUAAUAUGUUUAUCUGAUACUAUGCCAAUGAAAUGAUUAAUGAUUUUACGUAUACAUAGUAAGUACAACUACAAGUGAGCGAAUAUGGCGAAAGAGAUUUUGGGGUAGGCAUCCUAGCAUGAACCGAUCGUACUUGCCCCCCCUGAUAACAUUUUCUGGCGGCGCCCUUG